AUGAUGCGGCCAAAAGAUUUACGCCAGGGCUCCGGCACCAAGACUUUCCUGGACGCCAUGCACGGCGGUAAAGUCCACCUGGCGCGCUUCAUCCUGGACGCCUUGGAUGGGCGCAUUAUCAACUCCAAGACGGAAAACAGCCGCACCCCACUCAUGUACGCCGUCUGCCUGCAAGACCCCGGGACCAGGGCCAAGUUCACCCGGCUGCUGCUGGAGAAAGGGGCGGACGUCAACUGCCAGGACGAGGACGGUCGCACAGCCCUGAGCCACGCCUGUGAGCUGGGUCACCUGGAUGUGGUCAAGCUUCUCGUGCAGUUCAACGCUGACCCGGAUGUCUCUGAUGCCUGGGGUAACAGCUCUCUCAUGUAUGCUGCGUUUUCUGGCCACAGCCAAGUUCUGGAGUUCCUGGUCAGGGCUUUUAAGAGACUGGGACUGAGGUUGGACAGGACCAAUAAUGCCGGUCACUCAGCCAUCGAGGUGGCCAACUUCUUCGGGCACAACCAGUGUGUCCAGAUUCUGAACUUUCCUUGCAGGAGGAGUGUUGGCACAGACGUUGAUUCGGGUACCACUGUUGAAGGUGAGUGCCGCCUGCCCAACAGGCUCCCCCGGCACGUUCUGGAGAGGUUCUCCAAGCAGUUGAGUACCGAAGACCAGCUGCCGGGGGUAUUUCAGAGACAGCUGAAGAUUACAGACAGCAGUGGACUUUGGAAUCGGUUCAAAUGCCCUCGGAGCCAGUCUCAAGAGGACAACCAUCGCCACAGUUGGGCUCUGCCUCCUCAGCUAGAGAAAAGCCAGACUGAAGGGGAUCACAGCAUUCUCUUCACUGCCAAACAACUGCAAAACUGCCAGCUUAGAGAGCUGAGGGGGGCUAAAACACUGAACUCUCUUCCCGAGCCAAGCCAGAAAGAUGUCAGCCGAGACACGAGACUCCCAGAGCAAAAACCGGAGAGUUUUCCUCUCUGGGGAAAGGCAAAGUCAUUUAACCUGGACCUUCUGAGCAGCAGAAAGCAGUCCUAUCAGGGUGAUGUGCGAGACAUGAGCCUGUCAGCCAGCAAAUUAAAGAGAGCUUCGCUACAGGAUGAGAGAUGCCUGAUAGACAAGAUGGAAUGUCAAGGGAACACCCGGGGCCUGACAAACGAUGCUGACAAAAUUGUCUCAGUGCCAAAACCUCUUUUAAACGGCAAGAGUCAGCCGGUGAGAGCACUCGAAGAGAAUGUCAAAUUGCAGAAUGAAGAGGCUAAUGACAUGGCUUCAUCCGGCAGGAGAGAGCAGCAGAAGAGGGGAAGCUUCGGCCCGACCACCAGACACAGCAAACUACUUUUUGCCAGGGGGGAGAUGGAGUCAGGGAAGCUCCCCAGCCGCACCCCCGGGUUCAUGGGCCUGGGGACCAGACUGCUGCGUCGCUUCACCGCUCCAGAGUUCAUGAGGAUGGUGAUAGACUGCUCGUCGGGCUCCUCGAACGGCAGAGGUCGGAUGUCCCGCUCCGAAACCUUCCCCCUGUCACACACACACCAGCAGGUCAACAGCCAGCCGAGCGUCGACAGCAUCAGCGGAGUGAAGUGUGAAUUUGAAAGCUGCUCGUCUCAGUCCACGCUCAAUUAG